AUUUCACCAAAUUUUGUAAAUUGUGGGGCUGUGUAAUUUUAAUGUUUUUGUCUUGGUUUGAUCCUAUUAAAGGAGGUGCUUAAUAAACAAAUUCAUAAAACCGACAGCAAAACCCUACAAUAGUAAAACUAUUACAAGAAGAUAAUGGAAGCUACAUCUACAAAUGAAGAAGAUGAUAGUGUACUACCACAAAUUGAAACAAAGUUUAAAUUACUGGAGUUUGAGAAGCAUAUUUUUAUUGAUGUCUUUGAGAAAGAUGCACUUCUUAUAUUAGCCAAAGGUUUAAAUUAUAAUGGCAUAAUUUCAAAUUUAUUAUGGGUAUACAAGGACCCUGCCAAUUUAGUUUUAGUUAUAAACAGCAGUGAUCAUGAAGAAAAGCACUUCAUGGAGAAGUUCAACUUGAAACCUUUACCAAAUCUGGGCACUGAAAGGGAAAAGGUGUACUUAGAGGGUGGAGUCCACUUUGUCUCAACCCGAAUAUUAGUAGUGGACUUGCUGAAGAAGCGGGUGCCCAUUGCUAACAUCUCCGGGAUCAUAGUGUUGCGAGCGCACACUGUGCUUGAGUCGUGUCAAGAGGCGUUCGCGUUGAGGCUCUAUAGACAACAUAAUAAGACAGGUUUUGUGAAAGCUUUCUCAAGUUCGCCAAUUUCAUUCACAUUUGGCUACCACCAAGUUGAAAAAGUCAUGCGAGCUGUUUUCGUGACCGAAUUAUUUUUAUGGCCCAGGUUUCACGGCACCAUCAUUAAAUGCCUCAAGAGCAGGCAAGCAGAAGUGGUAGAGCUCCACGUCCCACUUUCUUCCAAUGUGAAUCACAUUCAAACGUGCUUGCUGGACAUUAUGAACUACACUGUCAAACAACUGAAGAGUGUCAACCGAACUUUGGAUAUGCAGGAAAUCACAACAGAGAACUGCAUAUCAAAGAAGUUCCACAAGAUUCUGCAAUCGCAGCUGGACUGCGUGUGGCACCAGCUCAGCACCAGGAUCAAGGAGUACGUGCAGGACCUCAAGGUGCUGCGGAGCAUGAUCAUUAAUCUCAUCCACGACGAUGCCGUUUCGUUUUACGCCCUAGUGAGCAAAUACAGGACUCCAGAGUAUGCCAAAGUGAACUCGGGGUGGAUUCUCCUGGACUCGGCUGAACAGCUCUUCAGGCUGGCCAAGGCUAGGGUUUAUAAUCAUAAAAAAGGUAAGAAUCGGUUGGGUAUGGAAAUAUUCCAAAAACCAGCGUACAUUACAUAGAUUUAGUCCAAGAUAUGUAUUAUCGAAGAAGUCUACCAAAAGAAAAACAAAGGAAGCCUAAACAGUACAAAAAUACUAAUACUCUGCCAAGACAGUAGAACUUGCAGUCAACUGAAUAGCUUUCUAACUAUGGGCGCGAAUAAAUAUCUCUUCUAUACAGCCUUCAGGAGAGACUUAAAUAUAACCACUUUAGCUUCGAAGUAUAAAAACAUUAAUAAGAUAGAUGAUUUAAAAAAAGAACCAGAAAAGGAAGAGGCCAGUGAUAUUAAUAAGCUUGAAGAGGAGGAGAUAGAUGAUUGUGAUAGGACGAAUUAUGUGCUCACUCUAACGCAGCUGGCGACACAGGAUAAGAAAACGUCGAUGGAUGAGAGCAUGUUCGAACCUAUAUCACAGAUAGACAACUUAGACAUAACACAACUCGAGACAGAAAAGCCAAUCAUCUGCAUCAGAACGUUCAAAGAGAACGGCAACCAUUUCUUUUUAGAGCAGUCUCUAGAGACUCUCCGGCCGGAAUAUAUAAUACUCUACCAUAGCGACGUGGCAGCCGUGCGACAGAUCGAGCUCUAUGAGGCCAGGAAGGCGGAAGAGGAACCUCGGUGUAAGGUGUAUUUCGUGAUUCACGACAAAACUGUGGAGGAGCAGGCGUAUCUCACGUCGCUCAAACGAGAAAAACAAGUUGAGCUGCUCAUCCAAGCUAAAAGUGUGAUGGUGGUGCCAUCGUACCAGGACGGCAAGACUGAUGAGUACUUCAACAUGAACAUUGAAGACGAGGAAGACACCGUGGAUACGCGGAAAGCUGGUGGUCAACAGCCAAAAGAGAAGCCGAUGGUGAUCGUGGACAUGCGAGAGUUCCGCUCCGACUUGCCCGCGUUGCUUCACCGGAAAGGGAUCCACGUGGAGCCCGUCACUAUCACUAUCGGCGACUACAUCCUGACCCCGGACACUUGUGUUGAACGCAAGUCAAUAUCCGACCUGAUAGGUUCGUUGAACUCGGGCAGACUGUACACGCAGGCAACGCACAUGUGCCGCUGCUACGCCAGGCCUGUCUUACUCAUCGAGUUUGAUCAGAACAAGCCUUUCAAUCUACAGGGUCACUUCGUGGGUACAAGCGACAUGUCGGGCGCGGACAUCCAGCAGAAACUGCAGCUGCUGACUAUCCACUUCCCUCGGCUCAAGCUCGUGUGGUCACCCUCGCCAUACGCCACAGCUGAACUCUUCCACGAACUGAAGCAAGGCAAAAAGAACCCAUCCGUGGCCGAGGCCAUAGCGUUCGGUGGCGCCAACACGGCGGACGACGUGAACUACGAGCGGUACAACGUCCUUGUCCACGACUUCGCGCAGAAACUGCCCGGUGUCACCAGCAAGAACCUCGCGCGGCUCAUGAACAAGGGCCGGUCUCUGGAUCACCUUAUAACUCUGAACAAGGAACAACUGGCAGAGGUGAUAGAAAACAAAAACGAAGCGGAAACAUUAUACUCAGUAUUACACGUCAAGGCAACGCCAUCCGACACCGGCAAAGACGAAAAAACCAUCGGCAAGAAGAAAUUCACUGGGAAACUGUUCAGGAGUAAAACUAAAAAAACAUAGCUUGUAGGAAUCUUAAUUUAUUUUUUAAAUUCAAUAAUUUUUAGGAUUAAAUCAAUUUAUACAUA